AUGGAUAAACAGUCAACGAAGAAGGACGAGCAUGAUAAAGAUGAUGAGGAGGAGGAUAACAAUGACAGUAAACUGCUGAAAGAAGAAGUCAACGCUGCGCUCAAGGAGUUACCGUUCGCUGUUGAGCACAUUGCCGUCUCUGAGAAAUUACCUCAUAAUGACGAUAUUGUCUAUUUGAACAUAACCACGUGUGAAAGUUAG